AUGCUCUGUGGGUGGUGGGAGGUGGGGUGGUUCCGGAGGCCGUCUGUGUAUGUGAGGGUUGUGGCGGUCCGCGAGAUGCGGUGCGAGGAGAGAGAGGAGGGCGCGAGGCUGCGCCACAAAGAGGAGCUGAGCCGGAAGAUUAAAGAGCAGAAGGUUGUAGUUGAUGAGCUGUCAAAUUUGAAGAAGAACCGGAAAGUUUAUAAGCAGCAACCCAAUAGCAACAUAUUCUUCCUUGUAGACAGAACAGAAACGCUAUCUCAAUGCAAAAAUACAUUAGAUGAAUUAAAGAAGGCACAUCAGGAGAUGGAAAAUUCAGAAAAGACUAAAAUCAAGAAAUAGCUCAUCUGAAUUCGAAGUCACCAUGUGUGGUAUUUGUUGCAUUGUUACCUUGUGUAGGCAGCAUGCUAU